UUGUAGUUUCAGGGAGGAAAUGUCGAUAUACGAUACAACGAAAUGGAGGUAAAAUUCGACGUGGUAACAACGUAACGGUAAAGAGGAGGACAUUUGUUUUAAUUGGCCGCUUUCGAAGACCCAAAGCAAGAAAGCGAGUGGCAAGACAAGAUUUAGAUUCCUCUCUUUUGAGAAGGAACGGGAUAUUAGCAACCAGAGGAAAAAAGCAACUAGCAAUGAAGACUCUUCCGUGGAUACACUUGAUCGUUGUUAUGCACUUUGUGCAAAUCAUCACAGCUUCGGACGAUUCAUGGUGUGUCGACCAGAUCGCAUGCGCAAUGUAUGGAAAGGAUCACUGCAAGUCAUAUGACUGGAUAAACCUUAACUGUCCCAAGCUGUGUGGACAUUGUGGCAAUGAAGCAGCACCAGUUGCAACAGAAAAAGUUGCAAAGUUCGUAGCACCAACUGCGCAGCCAACAGUAAAUCCCUUCAAGGGAUGGGAGGACGCCCCUACCAGCGUGCCAGACACUUCAAAAGUAGUGCUCAACCGUAACUACACCUACCCUAAGGUAGAAUAUCACGGUACAGCACCGCUUAUAGCAACUAAUGAAAUAGCAAAUGAGACUAUAUACCCGGAAGUUUCAGUUCCGGUUGAAAACUCUCCCUCAUAUAACUUAUAUAACAAGACAGUAGGAUCUGAGAGCCUUCUUCCGGUUGCUCAAAGUAGUACUACUUCAGGUUCGGAGAUUGGAGUUUAUGAUUCAUCGACGCCACAGGAAGUACUUCCGGUACAGGCAGGAACACUGGAGCCCACUUCACAGCCGCUUAUUGUUAUGAAUGCUAAUGAACUUCCGGUUGUACCUGUUGAGGAAAUGGAGGUUUUGGAAAUUAAGGAAAACCCGGACUGGGUUGUGGAGAUACCUUCAAAUGUGCAACCCGUGGAAAACAACGGCGUUGAGCAAAUAAAAAUUUCUUUUAUCGACAAAAACAAGCCCGUGCAAAGUGUCAAUGAAGUGUCUUUACAGCCACCAGUAGAAGGAAACCAGGAAAACAUUAAAAUAUCUUUCCUCGGAAAUCAAACAUCGCCAGUGAACGUAAAUGGAAAUGCGUUAAGUUUGGAAUCAUCUUUGCCUCCACCGGAACAUCAAAGCAUCAGGAUUUCAUUUGAAAAAGAGAAAGAAAACGUGGCCCCUACAGGGGUACCGUUAGUACACCAACUCGAAAGUCACGUGACGGCAUCACUGCCGAGUACUACGCAUGUUCUGGCGACCCCGGCUCCCCCUAUGCCCAGUGGUCCUGGAGUAGUGAAUCCAUUUGAGGGAGGAGUGGUGGACAAAAUUAUCAGCAACGCCACCGCAGCCCCGCUGACUCCAAAUCAGAAUAUCACAGUGGAUUUUCUGCAUAAUGCGGAGACUGGUGUCCCUGUGGAACCGCAGCCUCACGUGAUCAUGCAACAACAUCGUGAGUAGCAGUUUUACGAUCUGUUUUUGAAUGUGUGUUUUUUUCCAAGGAAGGGGUACGAAGGCGAAAUUGGAAAUUGUUUUAAAAGCUUGUCAAUAUGUUGUUUAGCGGAACGCCUACGCUAGAGAAAUACGUAUUUGGAUUCAAAACGCGAUGCAAUUUUUUCAUUUUUUUUUUUUUUAGAAUCUUCAAUCAGAGACCAAUACUUUCACAUCGAUUUAUCAAUCAGUCUCCUGCCUGACUUAUAGAAAUAUAUGCCGCUAAUUAAUAAAUCAAAAGACGACCGUUAAGAUCAGAGGAUACCUCUAUUUCUUAUCGCGAUCAAUUCAGUUCGAACAUCUACUUUGCCGGGGAACCAUCGAGAACUCGGGUACAAUAUUAACAUUUUUUACACAGCCUCAUGUGCGAUCAUUCCAACUCUCGAUAUCUUCUAAUGGUGUGCUUUAUCAUUACUUAACAAGUCGAUACAGCUGAUGGCAUUCAAGAAUUCGGCACUAACCUAAGGGUUAACCAGUAUCUUAACAGCUAACUGAAAGUAACACCCCAACUUUUAGUGGAAACAACUUGCAUAUCUUAGACCAAACGUUUGGAUAAGCAGUAAAUCGUAACCAUUCCGUUAGAGUGCCCAGAAACAGAACGUGACUCAAUCGAUAGGUGUUACGACCCGCAAAGUGGUAAAGGUUUGGUGUGAGUCCUUAAAAAUGUCUAGCUUUAAACUAAAAAAGACAAACCAUUUUUGAUAAACAAACCUUUUUCGCCGCCCAGCAUUAAUUUUUAAGCGCUACAAUUUUUGUUUUCACUCGCUGUUGAACUGCGCUUGACAGUGAGCGCCAACUCUCACUGCUGUGUGUUCUUCAUUGUCUCUAGUAAACAAUGUCGCGUUAGAAUCGCACUGUUUUGUGAGAUUAACGGGUGGCCAUUGCAGUUGUUUAGCACACCGGUCAAUCCUUGCAUUAAUGUUAAUGAAUGCACGGCUCGUGGAGGUGUCUCUGUUUGCCAUGUGAGAACUAAUAUGAUAAAGGCAAGUCUGGAGCGGCGGAGAGCAUGAAAAAGCGUUUUCCCCUUCGAGUGAUUCUCCUGUUACUAGUACUGGUAAAGUUCGCCGCACAAAGUGAGCUUAAUGUACUCUGUUUUGUCGCUUUUAAAUCAAAAAGGAACUUUUUUAUGUGCGCUGACCUAAAAAAUUAUAAGUUAGUUAGGUUGCAAAAUCUAUUCACUGCAGGGACAGAGGCCGUCUCCAAUAAUUUUGCCUUAUAUAUAUUAGCGUCGAGAAUACACCUCACGUUUUAUAGAGUACUAUUAUGAUUUUCAUUCUGGAGCCCCGGAGCUGAUUACAUAGUGUGGAAUUUUGUCAGCUAAAGAUGUGUUCCUUCAAAAUAGAAAAAUCAAAUUUAUCAAUUGUCUUGCUUCCUUUUCCCUCUAACAAAAACAUCGCUAGCUUACGAAAUCGUCUUUUAAUUUACUAAAAUGAAAUUGAUAAGAGAGUUAUUAUCUUAUUAUGAGGUACGUUCAAU